GAGAGCAGCAACGUGGGGUCAGCUGAUAUCCAGAGACCGGUUGAGAAGCUCUCGGGGGGAAAGCAGACCAAACGCAGCAGCUUCAGUCCAUCGCCAACUUUUCAAAGCACAUGGAGUUUUACCCAACCUCAUACCCGUAGGAGCCAGAAUGCUUGACAUAUUUUCUCUGACCUUACUUUAUUGAAAGGUACAGUAUUAUUCCAUCGUUAGUGACGUGACACGGGAGCAAUCCAUCUGAGGACGGCCUGUCUGAAGCGGAUCAUGCCUCCUAGAUAGCAGCCUGGUUCUCCUCUCUACUCCCCUUCCCUGUCCCUUGGACUCUCCCUCUACCUCCCUGGUUCAGUGUCACCUAAACACCUGUAUCGCCUCCAUCACCAUGCCCCCCAGGAAGAGGACACGAGCAGGUCUGGGCUUCUUGUGCUGCUUCGGUAGCAGCGAGCCACUGGAGAUCAACUUAAAGGACAGCAUGCCUCUGCAGCUGCUGGAGUUCAGUGCUCCCAUGCCGCCCGCCGAGGAGCUGCACGCACGCUUCUCUGAACUAGUGGAUGAGCUGGACCUCACAGAUAAGAACAGGGAGGCCAUGUUCGCUCUGCCUGAUGAGAAGAAAUGGCAGAUCUACUGCAGUAAGAAGAAGGAGCAGGAGGACCCCAACAAGCUGGCGACCAGCUGGCCUGACUACUACAUCGACCGCAUCAACUCCAUGGCUGCUAUGCAGACACUGUUUGCCUUUGAUGAGGAGGAAAUGGAAAUGAGGAACAAGGUAGUAGAGGAUUUGAAGACAGCACUUCGAACUCAGCCAAUGAGGUUUGUCACGCGCUUUAUUGAGCUGGAUGGCCUCACCUGCCUCCUCAACUUCCUGCGCAGCAUGGACUACGAGACAUCGGAGAGCCGUGUCCACACCUCCGUUAUUGGCUGCAUCAAGGCCCUGAUGAACAACUCGCAGGGCCGCGCUCACGUCCUGGCACAUCCGCAGAGCAUCAACACUAUCUCGCAGAGCCUUCGAACGGAAAACAUCAAGACCAAAGUGGCGGUGCUGGAGAUUCUGGGGGCAGUGUGCCUGGUGCCUGACGGACACAAGAAGGUGCUGCAGGCCAUGGCUCACUACCAGAAAUACGCUGCUGAAAGGACUCGAUUCCAGACAUUGCUAAAUGAGUUGGACAGGAGUACGGGCCGCUACAGAGACGAGGUCAACCUGAAGACAGCCAUCAUGUCCUUCAUUAACGCUGUGCUCAACGCUGGAGCUGGGGAGGACAACUUAGAGUUCCGACUCCAUCUCAGGUACGAGUUCCUGAUGUUAGGUAUCCAGCCGGUCAUUGACAAACUCCGGGAGCAUGAAAACGCCACUCUAGAUAGGCAUUUGGACUUUUUUGAGAUGGUGCGGAACGAGGAUGACUCAGAGCUGGCCAAAAGAUUCGACUUGACCCAUGUAGAUACUAAGAGUGCCGGUACCAUGUUUGAGCUGAUCAAGAAGAAGCUGAGCCAUACAGAUUCCUAUCCCCACCUCCUCUCUAUCCUCCAACACUGCCUUCAAAUGCCCUAUAAGCGUGGCGGUGGCAGCCUACAGCACUGGCAGCUCUUGGACAGGAUCCUUCAGCAGAUUGUCCUGCAGGAUGACAAGGGAGAGGAUCCCGACAUCUCUCCACUUGACAACUUCAGUGUUAAAAACAUCAUUCGAAUGUUGGUGAAUGAGAAUGAAGUGAAACAGUGGCGAGACCAGGCAGAGAAGUUCAGGAAAGAUCACGUAGAGCUGCUGGCUAAACUAGAAAGGAAGGAGCGCGAGUGUGAAACCAAGACCCAGGAGAAGGAGGACAUGAUGAAGACUUUGAAUAAGAUGAAGGACAAGCUACAGCGUGAGGGUGUGGAGCUGCGCUCGGCCAGGGAGCAGGUCCUGGACCUAUCAUCGCGCAUUAAUGACAUUGCUGGUGGGAGUAUGCCUUAUCAUCCUCCACCGCCCCCUGGUGCACCCAUGGCUCCACCUCCACCACCUAUGAUGGGUGGCUUCCCUCCACCGCCGCCCCCGCCUCCGCUUCCAUUCAGCUGCCCACCUCCCCCGCCUCCUCCCCCACCGCCCGGAGCACCGCCUCCCCCACCAGGAGCCCCACCCUUUUUUGGAGCCCCACCUUCUCCUAUGACCACUUCCUUCAACACAGCGACCACCAUGCGUUCCAAGUCCAUCCCUCAGCCUUCGCAUCCCCUGAAGUCCUUCAACUGGGCCAAACUGAGAGAGAAUGAUAUCAAUGGUACCAUCUGGAAUGACAUUGACGACCUGAGAGCAUUUAAAAUUCUUGACCUUAAGGACAUAGAGAAGAUGUUUUCCGCCUAUCAGAGACAGCAGGACCUGCUCACUAACCAAUCCUACAAACAGAAGGAGACAGGCUCCAUGGAUGACAUAUACGUGAGCACGCGGAAGGUCAAAGAGCUGUCUGUCAUCGAUGGUAGACGUGCACAGAACUGCGUCAUCUUGCUUUCAAAGUUAAAAAUGAGCAAUGAAGAGAUUAAGAGGGCAAUCCUUGAAAUGGAUGAGAGGGAGGAGCUAGCCAAAGAUAUGCUGGAGCAGCUGCUGAAGUUUGUCCCAGAGAAAAGUGACGUGGAUCUGUUGGAGGAACACAAACACGAGCUGGAGCGCAUGGCCCGGGCCGAUCGUUUCCUCUUCGAAAUGAGCAGAAUUGAUCACUACCAGCAGAGAGUGUGUUCUCUAUUCUUUAAAAAGAAGUUUGCAGAACGUCUCGCUGAAACCAAGCCUAAAGUUGAAGCCCUUCUCAAUGCAUCCAAGGAGGUGGUUCGCAGCAAGCGGCUGACUCAGGUUCUGGAGGUGGUACUGGCCUUUGGCAACUUCAUGAACAAGGGUCAGAGAGGCAACGCCUACGGUUUCAAGAUCUCCAGCCUCAACAAGAUCGCUGACACCAAAUCUAGCAUAGACAGGAACAUCACCAUGUUGCACUACCUCAUCAUGAUCUUUGAGAAGAACUACCCAGACACACUGCACAUCCAAGAUGAGCUUGGCAGUGUGCCAGAAGCUGCCAAAGUCAAUUUGGCGGAGUUGGAAAAAGAGGUGCACAAUAUCAAAAGUGGUCUAAAGGCUCUCGAGGCGGAGCUUCACUACCAGCAAAGCAGGACAAGGGAACGUGGGGAUAAAUUUGUGGCGGUAAUCGGUGACUUCAUCACCGUGGCCGGCUUCAGCUUCUCUGAACUGGAGGACCAGCUGGGUGAAGCUAAGGACAAGUUUGCCAAAUCGUUAAAGCACUUUGGGGAAGAGGAAGGGAGGAUGCAGCCCGAUGAGUUCUUUGGGAUCUUCGACACUUUCUUACAGUCAUUCAGCGAAGCGCGUCAAGAUCUGGACAACAUGCAGCGACGCAAGGAUGAAGAGGAGAGGAGGGCACGGAUGGAGGCCAUGCUCAAGGAACAGAGGGAGCGGGAACGACGGGCCAAGAAGAGUGGCGUGACUGAUGAAGCUGACGGGGAAUUUGAUGACCUAGUCUCAGCACUGCGCUCCGGUGAGGUCUUCGACAAGGACCUGAUUAAGUUUAAGCGGAACCGUAAGCGCUCUGUCAACCAGCUGGUGGAGGGCGGUGGCGGGCGAGAGCGAGCAGUCACCAAAGUCAACUACUAAAGAGAAGAAACACACACCAGACCCCUGAAGUCUGUCCCAGUGGAAGUUUGGUCCAGGUUCCUAAUAAGUGAUGGUUUACUUUGGAGAUCAUGGUGACUGUGGACAGUCGUGCCGUAUUGAAGAAUGAAACCCUCUCCUCUGAUCAGUGUUUUAAUCCCCAACCUGUUGUUCGUGGACGUUUUUUGAUCUCCUUAGCUGGACGAAGGCCAAGUGGGAUUGCUGAGUGGACAGAGAGACCACUGUGACACGUUCAUACCUUGUGACAAUAUGCUUUUAACACUGUGCUCAAGCUUCUCACUGUCUCUUCCACUUACGUCUCUCUCUUCCUGUGUUCACCUGUGCCCUCUGGAUAAUCUUUGAUGCUGGAGCUGCAACAUUUUGUCUCAAACACACAGUCGUGCUGCAAAUAGUCGUGGGGCCAAGAAAAUGGGUUCGGGAGGAAAGACAAUUCCAGAUUAAGAAGGUGAUAAAGGGGGAUCUGAGCCUCCACAGUCAUGGUUGCUUACCCCAGAGAUCAGGUGGAUAGUAGGAGACCGCAAAUCCCUAAAUGCUUUCUGAAAGGAUGUGGAAACAGACAGUAUGUAACAACAUGAUUUAUCUUCUGGCCUCUUCCAUCAGUCCCAUGCAGGACAUACAGUGCAUCAAUCCUAAACUCUCAAGGUGAUUUCAACCUUAUCCUGGCAUUGACCUGUGCCAAAGCAUAAAGAGAAAAUAAAUGUAAAUGUAAUAAUAUAAAAGAUGCUGCAAUUGGGCCUUGGUAUAUAUUUAUAUUUACAUGCAGACAAGCUAAUUGCAAAGUUGUAGAGGUUUUUUUUUUUACUGUAGGCGAUUUUGUAAACGAUGCAUUAUUGCAACUGCACAUCGCUGUUGGAGGUGAAUUUCUAGACAUUUUGUGCUUUAUGUAAAAAAAAAGACAACACAAACAAACAAUUACUUGGUCUUUUCACGUUGGUGUGUCUUUGUUUGCACUGCAGCUUUUCUGACAGACUCGUAGGCUUCAAACUGAUCUCUGGAAAAUGGACUGUUUUUAAUGCAAAGCUAAUGAAGGAGCACCAUGAAUGAAUCUGCAUUGAGUUUGCUGUGUUCACUUCCUGCUAAGCUGUUUGGCUACACCUAGUUUGCUGUCCAUGUGGAUGGUGGUGGUGGCCACCAUGCUGGUGGCCAGGGGGAUGCUACAGAAGCCCUGGUUGGGCCUUUGAUGUCUCUCAUCCAUACAAUACAGUAGUGUGUGUUUCACUGGUGCUAAAACAUGAAGCUAUCAGUCCAGCUGGAGGAGUGUUUGCUUCCUCUCGCCUCAGGUUAAACUAGUGCUCCCUUACCUUGAUCCAUGCUCCAGUUUCUCAGUGUGUUUGAAUUGCAGUUGACCUUGUACUAUCAGACCACAACAUGAUAAGUCUGAUAUUGGAGUUUCAGCAUACUUAAGGGUAUAGAUAUUCUUACAGUGGCUUGAUGCAGUUGUUUGGGGUGUAUUAAUGGGGCGUGCUGAUAAGAUGCCAAGAGAGAGACUGAGCGCAGUGGCUAAACUCAAACUUACCUGACAAGCAUGUUGUAUAUCAUGCCGGAACCUGAGAGGUUUACACUCAAAUAGGUUUUUCAAGCAGGAGGAAAGAUCAUAAGAUUAUUAUGCCCGUGCAUAAUAAUCUUAUUAAAUCUCCUUUUCUUCAUUUUACUCAUUUAUGGAUGUGCAUCUAUACUGUACCACAGCAAAGAGACGUGAGCUGUGCAAGAGGGCAAUAGGACGAAAGGACUUUUCAAGGCAAAAUGGCUAAUGUGAACUUUGUUUAAUAUUUGUUAUCCAGUGGAUUCUGUUAACCCACGAACUGAAUAAGGAACCACACAGUGACGUGUUUGGCUUUAAUCACAUGGUUGUUGCAUUUAAAUUAGCUGAGUUCAAUUGACCAAAUGAUUUGCACAAUUUUUCAGAAUAAUAAUAAUUGUUAUUUUCUCUCAGCUUGCAGCAAAGCAUUAAACAUGGUCCUUAAUGUUAUUUUAAAACCCACCACAAAACAUGUUUCUAGUUCUGCUGUUACUAAUUGUCCCUACGAUUUGGAUUCCUCAUCUCAGACACAUUUUGCCUUUAAGUGCCUCUCAUCCCAGUUUCAUACAGUACAUGUAUCAUUCAUAAUGUGGUACUGAAAGUUUGAUUUUAAAUGUCUGUUGGCGCCACCUUGUGGCUAUAGAUGAUUACUUUCUGUUUUUGUAAAAAACAAAAAAAUUUGUCCAAAGUAUUUACAUUAUCACACAUCAAUCCGGCUAAUUUGACCUGUGAUCUUCUUUAUUUUUUCAUUAAUAUUUAUUUCCAAGAGGCAAGGUUAUUGUGGUUAAGCCUUUCUCUGAACUUAAACAGACAAAAACUGAUGUGAAUGAAAAAUGUUAACACAGAAUCAAAGAUUUUUAAACUGCCAUGUUCGACACUUCUGAGAUUAUCCAGUGAACCAAAUAGACCCUUUGACAAAUCUGAAAGUCCUAAGGGGAAACUGACUUAUGAUUGCUUACUGCUUAACCAGCAUCUGUAUAUUAGACCUAUUCUAUUUUCUAACCUCUGGUCUUUUCUCUUUCCAGUUAAUCAGUUUGUAUAUCUGACUUGGAGAUCCCCGAAAAUCAAGAAAUCCAGAGCUUUAAUCCAUAUUGUAGACAGACUAGGGGUAUUGCAACUUUGUCAGUAUUAUUUUGUUUUGAUUCAUAUUUUUUGUUGUUAGAUUUUUGGUUGUUUAUUUGGCCAUUGACUGGCUGAUGUUUGGGGUAUAAAGAUGGAAACCAGAGGAAUAAAUUUAGUAGCUUGUUCAAUGCACUUUUAUUGUAGGACAUUUCCAUUUGCAGAGCUUUGAUCUCCCUGCUAUGAGAAGGGAGCAACUAAGGUGUUUAAAUGACGUCAGGUAGUCUAGAUGAAAGGAGAAAAGGAGGCAGGUGAGGUUGGAGACUCCAGCUUGAAAUGUUCUAAUGUUGAGUGGCAGACACGGGUUUGUGGGAACAGGUAUAGAAAAGGUAGCAGUAUGGAGUUUAAAAGCCUCAACAUACUGUCGACUUGCGUUGGCAUGCGGGGGGAAAGGGUGGGGUGGGGGUGGGGGUGAAGGGUUCUCAGGCACCACCACAUUUCUUUCUAAUCAUGCACUCGGUGUCAACCUGCAUGCCUAAAGAGAACGGAGUGCACAAAGUGUGAUGUGUUGCCUGUAUAAAAAAUCAUGCCUGCAAUGUGGAACACACUUUUAACACUAUUUGUACUGCCGGAGGAAAGUUGCACCCAGGUCUAGAGGUUGUAUAAUUGUGAGGAGUCAGUAUUUUUAUGGUUGGAACAAAAAAAAGUAUUCUCCACCGAAAGAUGUACAGCUGGAUAGAAAGAAAGCAUUUUGUAAACCGUUCUUGAUGUUUGAAAUAUGAUAAAAAUGUUGAGGAAUGUUCCAUUUUCCUGUAAAUUGUACCUCUAUUUAUUUGCCUUACUUAGUUUGCUAUAUUUUGUAUGUACACACAUAUUAUGAGAAAAUGUUAUAUUAAAAAUAUGAAUAAUUAAACUUUGGUCUCUUUAGGAUGGAUAGUUUGGAGACAUAUUAAAAUGAGUUGGGGUUUUUUCAAUUUUUUUUUUUUUUUUUUGAUUUCCAUUUUUUCUCACCCUUUGUCUUUUGUAAGGUUACAAUAAACUUUUGUCUCUU